UUUUCCGGUUACAAAUGCGACAUCUAUGUUUUAAAGACACUUCUUUUUAAGGCGCUUGUUCAUUAAGGGGGUAUUCUAGUCUACAAAUUUGAAAAAAUCGGAAUUUUUUUCAUAUUUCCAAAGUUUAGAUAUUCAAAAAUAUGCUGUUAAAGGGAUUUUUCAAAAUUUCAAUUAUUUUAUGAGUUACAGCCAUUUUUGCGACGCGGUAUCUGCUCCAGUCCGAUGGGAAUAAAUGAACAAUAGAUAGUAGACGCUGCCGAGUACCUACAUAUGAAUACUCUCAUAAAAUCUUUAUUGUAUUUUAUCCCUUUUUAAUGUAUUUUUAAUUCAAGGCGAUAGAAACCUAUUUUGUCGGAAUCUUUUCGUCUUAGUAUUUAUUUCAAGUUAGUUUUGAGCCAAUCUUCAAGCAACGUGAACGUGCUAACUCUGACGUUUUAUAAAUAUUUAAAGUAAAAAUUGUUUUAUAUAUUGAGAUUUUAAAGUAAAAUGGAUAAAAAACAUUCAAAAUUCAGUUCUAAACGAGCAUGCAGACCGAAGAAGAGAAGAUUUUCCGGUAAUCAAUUUACCGUAGAAGAAGAAACCAGUUUUACUAGUGCAUCUGUAGCAAAAUUGAAAAGUUCGCAAGAUGAAGAAGUUUUAAUUAAUAACAAUUACGGCUAUUGUAUUUUAGAAUUUUUCUCUGUUUUUACCACACUUUCAUCGUUAAUUCUGUGUUCUACAUGUAAGAAAGAUAUUAAAUUUUCUCGUACAGCUGCUCGUGGGUUAGGGUUUAAAAUUGCUAUACAAUGCGGGUGUGAGGAAGUACGGUAUAUUCAAUCAUCGUCUUCUAUCAAUAAAGCAUUUGAAGUGAAUCGUAGACUUGUAGUAGCUAUGAGAUUGUUAGGAAUUGGAAGAGAAGGUAUCAACAUAUUUUGUAGUAUGAUGGACAUUUGCCAAGGCUUGACCACUGGCACAUAUUAUAGCUGUCUUAACAAUUUAUACGUGGCCGCUUCAGCAGUUUACGAUCAAAUUAUUUCAAAAGCCGUAAAAGAAGAAAAGGAAUUAAUAUUAGAGUCUGAUCCUACAGCUAAUCCCAAUCAUUUGAUUGUUUCCGGCGAUGGAACCUGGAAAAAAAGAGGAUUCAAUUCUCUCUUUGGUGUUACUACGCUCGUUGGUAAAUACAGUAAAAAAGUUGUCGAUACCAUAGUAAAAUCUAGUUUUUGCCAAGGGUGUAAUCUAUGGAAACAUAAAAAAAAUUAUGACAUCAAGGCUUAUGAAGAUUGGUAUGAAGAGCAUGAGGAAUCUUGUACCAUAAAUCAUAAAGGAAGCGCCGGAAAAAUGGAGGUUGACGCGGUUGUUGAAAUGUUUGAAAGGUCGGAAGCCAAGCAUAAUGCUAAAUAUGUUCGAUACAUUGGAGAUGGUGACUCAAAAACUUUCAAAGGCAUUCUUGAUAUUAACCCCUACAAUGAUGACCCGAUAGUAGAAAAAAAGGAGUGUGUUAGGCAUGUUCAAAAGCGUAUGGGUGCAUGGUUGCGUAAAGCAAAAAAGGAUAAUAAAAGUAUUGGCGGCAAAGGCGCUGGUAAACUCACUGAUAAGGUUAUCGAUGAAUUAUCUUUAUACUAUGGCGUGGCAAUUCGUCGAAAUCCAGAUUCAGUUGAAGACAUGAAGAGAGAUGUGUGGGCGACCUACUAUCAUAAAAUCUCAACCAACAAGAAUCCUCAACACAUGAAUUGUCCACCUGGUUCAUCUAGUUGGUGCAAGUGGCAAAAAGCUGUGGCCGACGGCACUAUUGACGAAUUUGACCAUGAAAAUCCUCCUCUAAAUGACGAUGUUUUAAAAGUAAUAAAACCAAUUUAUGAAAGCUUAUCAACUGAUACUUUAUUGGAACGAUGUUUGGGUUCUGAAACCCAAAAUAAUAACGAAUCGUUAAAUUCGUUAAUAUGGACUUUUGCUCCGAAGCAUGGAGACAUCCACGCAGGAACGCAGACAAUUCAAAUUUCCACUUUCCUCGCAGUAUGUAUUUUUAAUGAAGGUUUUAUACCCAUAUUAAAAAUCUUAAGUGUCAUGGGAAUCACGAUUGGCCCAGAAGCUCAUGCGUUCGCAGUCAGGCGAGACGAAGUUCGCAUCGAGCGCUCUGAACUCCGAGCUUCAGAGACAUCAAAGGAAGCCAAGACUGCUCGUCUCUAUGAAAGAACUUCGGUGAAUGAGCAUUUUGAAGUAGAGGAAGGUUUUUUGUAUGGAGAAAUCGAACCAAGUACUUACUGUUUAGCCAAAAUUAAUUAAUUGUCCAAAUAUUUAUAAUUUAUACGUUGAUAAAAUUCAUAUCAAAGCUUAGUAUGUGCCAUAAAA